AAAUGCACCGCCCCCUAAUAAACUAUUUAAAAAGUACUGGUAUAAGUGAGAGAAUUUAGUAAUCUAUAGUACGAAUAACUAGUAUAUAGCUAUUUAUCUCUUUAUUUUCUUUUAUUUAUGCAGUAUUGUUUUGGUAUUAUUAAUAUUAGUGUUUUUUUCUAUUUAAUUUUAGUAUUAUUAUUAUUAUUAUUAUUAUUAUUAUUUAUUUUACUAUUAUUAUUUUUUCCUGCCAAUCUAAUGCCCAAACUCCAGCCCAAUAGGUGGCGGUAAUGCACCUUUAGUGGUUUGCCAACCGCCAUUAAAAACAAAACGAAGAAGAAGAAGAAGCGUCAUUUUAUGUUACACUUCCGGGUAAGUAUCACUGGUAAAAGUUUCUGAUUGGACUUUAAGUGAUAUCCCGUUAGGGCGUUGUUGUGGGACGUUUCUGAUUGGUUUGGUACGAGUUGUUGUUAAAUGUGAUUGGCUGGGCAGCUUGGUUACUGUCUGUCUGUAUGUUUGGAAGCUAACAGACGCGCACAAGGUCAGAUCACAUCAUUAUUAUAUCUGCUUUAUUAACACCUUCAGCAGUCUGAAUUCUGUUAAACACUCAGCGGUAUAUAAUGGAUAAAACAUUCUCAUGAAUACUUCCGUGUUGAUGCCUGAGCAGUUUAGCGCCUACCUGGGUCACCUGACUCAACUGUUCGUGUGUGUGUCAUGAGUGACUAAUCCGGCGUACACGGGUACAGCAUGUUGACCGCAGGAAAAGCCUGCGCCUCUCUGGCGGCUAAGCGGCUGCUGGCUGUGUCUGGUUCUGCGCCCGCAGUGCUGGACCUGCCGUGCCGCUCCAGACUCUUUCACACAUCCAGAUCACGCCAAGGUGAUGUGGAGCUUCACGAGGCUUGGGCCACUCUGGCUAAGAAACAGCUUAAAGGGAAAAACCCCAAAGAUUUGAUCUGGCACACUCCGGAGGGCAUCUCCAUCAAACCUGUGUACACUCAAGCUGACACGGCGGCGGUUAGCGAUGAGCUGCCUGGGGUAUUCCCCUACUCCAGAGGGCCCUACCCUACCAUGUACACAUACAGACCCUGGACCAUUAGACAGUACGCUGGCUUCAGCACAGUGGAGGAGAGCAACAAGUUUUACAGGGACAAUAUCAAAGCGGGCCAGCAAGGCCUGUCAGUGGCCUUCGACCUCCCCACACACAGAGGCUACGAUUCGGACAAUCCCAGAGUGCACGGCGACGUGGGCAUGGCCGGAGUGGCCAUCGACACGGUGGAGGACAUGAAGAUGCUGUUUGACGGAAUUCCUCUAGAGAAGAUGUCCGUGUCCAUGACCAUGAACGGCGCGGUGAUUCCCAUCCUGGCCAUGUUCAUUGUGACGGGGGAGGAACAGGGCGUAGACAAGGCCAAACUCACCGGCACCAUCCAGAACGACAUCCUCAAAGAGUUCAUGGUCCGAAAUACGUACAUUUUUCCUCCAGAGCCCUCCAUGCAUGCCAUCGCUGACAUAUUUGCCUACACUUCAAAGAACAUGCCCAAGUUUAACUCCAUCUCAAUCAGUGGCUACCAUUUACAAGAGGCCGGGGCUGACGCCGUCCUGGAGCUGGCCUACACCAUUGCUAAUGGACUGGAGUACUGCAGAACCGGCCUAAAGGCAGGCCUCACCAUUGAUGAAUUUGCACCCAGGUUGUCUUUCUUCUGGGGUAUUGGUAUAAACUUUUAUAUGGAGAUAGCCAAGAUGAGAGCUGCACGGCGUCUCUGGGCUACGCUGCUUAAAGAAAAGUUCCAGCCCAAGAACUCCAAAUCUCUACUUUUAAGGACUCACUGUCAGACAUCAGGAUGGUCUUUGACUGAGCAGGACCCCUACAACAACGUGAUCCGUACAGUGAUCGAGGCCAUGGCUGCAGUGUUUGGAGGUACACAGUCUCUGCACACCAACUCUUUUGAUGAGGCACUGGGUUUGCCCACGGUGAAGAGCGCCCGUAUCGCCCGCAACACCCAGAUCAUCAUCCAGGAGGAGUCUGGAAUCCCGAAAGUGGCCGACCCCUGGGGAGGCUCUUACAUGAUGGAGACGCUUACAGAUGAUGUGUACAAUGCAGCCCUCAAGUUCAUCAAUGAGAUUGAGGAGAUGGGAGGAAUGGCUCGAGCAGUGGCUGAGGGAAUCCCGAAGCUGCGAAUUGAGGAGUGUGCUGCACGCAGACAAGCUCGUAUCGAUUCAGGCUCUGAGGUCAUUGUGGGGGUCAACAAGUAUCGUCUUGAGAACGAAGAGACGGUGGAAGUUCUGGCCAUUGAUAACACUAUUGUGCAACAAAAGCAGAUUGAGAAACUCCAUAAGGUGAGGGAGAGCCGAGACGGCGAGGCGGCAAAAAGGUGCCUGGCUGCUAUACAGCGAUGUGCUCAAACCAGGGAUGGAAAUCUGCUGGAGCUGGCUGUGGAGGCUGCCAGGGCGAGGUGUUCUGUGGGUGAGAUCACGGAUGCGAUGAAAGCUGUUUUCGGGGAGCACAAGGCCAGCACACGCAUGGUGAGCGGAGCGUACCGCAGCGAGUACGGCGAGCACGACGAGAUCACCCUCACACACAGUCGGGUCGUGCGGUUUAAGAAGCAUGAAGGCAGAAAUCCUCGUCUGCUGGUUGCCAAAAUGGGACAGGAUGGACAUGACAGAGGGGCAAAGGUCAUCGCUACGGGAUUUGCUGACCUGGGCUUUGAUGUGGACAUUGGACCACUUUUUCAGACCCCACGAGAGGUGGCUCAGCAGGCUGUCGAUGCAGACGUGCAUUGCGUGGGUGUCAGCACACUGGCGGCCGGACACAAGACCCUCGUCCCUGAGCUCAUUAAAGAAUUGCGCAACCUAAACCGACCAGACAUCCUGGUCAUUUGCGGUGGAGUCAUCCCCCCACAGGACUACGAGUUUUUGUAUGAGCGUGGCGUCUGCUGUAUCUUUGGUCCCGGGACCAGAAUCCCUCAAGCCGCAGUGGAGGUCAUCGACAACAUAGAGAAGAAUCUGGACAAGAAUCGCCAAGCUAUGUAAUUGGAACUGAAUAAUACUUUGUGCACUUCUUAUGAUUGUGUUUGAUUUCAUACAAGUUGUAGCAAUUCGAUGAGUUUGUGGUUAUUAAGCAUUACUCUGUCACUGUUUCAUAUUCCACCACUGCUUUACUUGAGAGAUUACAGUAAAAAUCUGUGUCCUGGAAUAGUGUGAUUAUUCUAAAGAUGGGUCUGGGUUACUUUACAUAAUCAUUAAGAAUGGGUCAUGAAAUAACCAUUUAUUUAUCAUCAUUGUCACGAACCUCGAAUCGGCAAGGAAGCAGAAGCGGGCGGCAGGUGUAGAGCGUGGUAUCGGGAAGUUCAAGAAACGUAGUCGUAAGACAGGCAAUGGUCAAGCGAUCGGACGAACAACACAAACGGGGUCAGGCAGAGAGCGUAGUCGAAACCGGAAACAGGGGUCGAGGAUAACGAGAAGACUAACUAACUCGAUCGGCUUGGUAACGCAGAGAAACGAGUUGACUGCACGUAUACUUUGCAUUGACUCUAGGUGAAUGACAUCCCUAAGUACUAGCGGUGAGAGUGUGUGUGUGUGUGUGAUUGGUGCCAGGUGUGUCUGAUCAGAACUCCGGGGAUGGUGAGCGCAUGCGUGCAUGAGAAGUGAGUGUUGCAUCUUGGGAAAUUGAGUUCUGAUCUGACUGAGCUGUGACAAUCAUGGUGUUUUAUUUAUGGAGGUUACUGCUUUGAUCAGACAGUGCUUUUGAUUGAUCGAUGUACAAUUUUAUUUAUUUUUAUUACUUGCUCAUAAACAUCAUUUAUGACA